GGCGGAUGCCAGAGAGGAAAGGUCACCCCACCCCUACAGCCAACAGACAAAGGGAUCCUGCCGCAGAGCGCGCCCCACCGUGGGCCCCCAGCUCAGCCAUGCUGGCCUGUCUGCAGAGGACCCAGAACCCACCGGGCCAACACCUGGCCUGCCCGAGCAAGAGCCUGGAGCUGCGCAAGUGCGAGACGGCGGCCAGCUCCAUGCCUUCCUCCCGCUACCCGAGCCCGGCCGAGCUGGACGCCUACGCCGAGAAGGUGGCUAACAGCCCGCUCUCCAUCAAGAUCUUCCCCACCAACAUCCGCGUGCCCCAGCACAAGCACCUGAGCCGCACGGUCAACGGCUAUGACACCAGCGGCCAGCGCUACAGCCCCUACCCGCAGCACGCCGCGGGCUACCAGGGCCUGCUGGCCGUCGUCAAGGCCGCCGUCUCGGCCUCCAGCGUGGCCGCGCCCGCCGGGCCCGCCAAAGGCGUGCUCAAGAGCGCCGAGGGCAAGCGGACCAAGCUGUCGCCGGCCGCCGUGCAGGUGGGCAUCGCGCCCUACCCCGCGCCCGGCGCCCUGGGGCCCCCGGCCUACCCCAAGCCGCCCGAGGCGCCCGCCCCCGCCGCCUCCGUCAUCCCCCUGCCGGGCCGCGGCCUGCCCCUGCCGCCCUCCAACCUGCCCUCCAUCCACAGCAUCCUCUACCAGCUCAACCAGCAGUGCCAGGCCCCGGGCGCCGCGCCCGCCGCCUGCCAGGGCGUGGCCGUCCCCCACCCCAGCCCGGCCAAGCACGGCCCGGUGCCCAGCUUCCCCAGCAUGGCCUACCCGGCCACCGCCGGCCUGCCCGACUGCCGCAAGGCCACCGAGCUGGGCCAGGGAAGCACCCCGGCCCUGGCGCUGGCCGGGGCCACCAAGCCCGCAGGGUACGCGGACGGCGGCCUGGAUUACCUGCUGUGGCCGCAGAAGCCGCCCCCGCCGCCGCCCCAGCCCCUGCGGGCCUGCAGCGGGGGCGCGGCGGCCAGCAAGUCCCCCGAGGCCUGCGGGGGGCGCGCCUUCGAGCGGCCCAGUGGGUCGCCGCUCGCCUGCGGCGCGGGGCUGCCCGCCGGCUUCGCCCUGGGCCAGUACUUCGCCGCCCCCUGGAACAGCGUGCUGGUGACGCCCACCAGCGACUGCUACAACCCGGCGGCGGCGGCCGCCGAGCUGGGCCCGGGGGCGGCCCGGGAGCUGGCGGGGCCCCCCGCGGAGGCGCGGGCCGGCCUGCCCAGCAAGAGCGUGUGCAACACGGCGGCGCUGAGCAGCAGCCUCCAGUCGCUGGAGUACCUCAUCAACGACAUCCGGCCGCCCUGCAUCAAGGAGCAGAUGCUCGGCAAGGGCUACGAGACGGUGGCCGUGCCCCGGCUGCUCGACCACCAGCACGCCCACAUCCGCCUGCCCGUCUACAGAUAAGGCCCGCCGGCGGUCAGACGGACAGGGGCGGGGAGGCAGGCGCACCCAGCCCCGCCCUGCGCCCCGGUGCCCACGGACGCCCGCAGGGAAGCCGGGCCGGCUGCUGCCAUGCGGCGCCCUCGGGAGUGGCAAGGCGACCUCGCCCACCAAGGCCCCUCCCCCAUCGGCGGCCCCAGGGCACCGGGAGGGCCCGGGGCAGCCGCUGACGUCCACGCCUCCCUCCCUCCAAGCUGGCAGAGGCAGGGAGAGAGAAACCACUUAAGAACAGGAAUCGUCCCUUCUGGCUCUCCAGGAGGGGGGCUCAGGCCAGGGCGGGAUGCGGGAGGAAGUGUGAUGGUGUAGGGUCGGGGGGAUCAGAGCAGCCCCCAGGGUCAGACAGCUCCUCCCCCCACGAGCUCCCCAGUCUCCUGGAAAAGGAGCACAGAGGGCCUAUAGGAAGUCACUGGGCCCACCGUGUCCCCCACUGGCCCACCCAGGUGAAGACCACUCUAAUCGAGGCUCCAGGGACCAGCGGUCCCCCUGUCCUCCUCCUCCAGACUCUCCUUCCCCUCCCCCCAUUCCAUCCCAACACAGAAAAAUCACACCCCCAUCCCCAUUCUCCAAACCCUGGACUACAUCUUUCCCCUUCCCUCUAGUACAUCUUACAGGGCUGCUGGGCACAGUUGCGCAGGCUGUGCACUGCACAAGGGCACCUCGUCCAAGGAGACACCACUUUGCAUCCUAGACUUGUAUAUUUAUUAUGGCGAUUUUCCGAAUCUUGAGGAAGGGGCACCCUUUUCCUAUUCGCACAAAGGCUCCACAGGGGCUAACAAUGGGCCU